GUGGGGAGCGGGUUGGGGCCUGGAUCUCUCCUGGCUUUACGUCGGGUGGUGGUUGGGCCCUGUGGUGCGGAGCUUGGGCUCUCCUUGUGGCUCGUGUGAGGCCUUCGUUCACUGUCGAGGGGUCCUGGGUGGGCUUCGGGCCCACGAGGAGCAGCUGGAACAGAGUGGCAAAUGACCCAGCUUUGUGAACUGAUCAAUAAAAGCGGAGAACUGCUAGCAAAAAACCUCUCCCAUCUGGAUACAGUGCUUGGUGCCCUGGAUGUGCAGGAACACUCAUUAGGAGUUCUUGCUGUCUUGUUUGUGAAGUUUUCUAUGCCCAGCAUCCCUGACUUCGAAACAUUAUUCUCACAGGUGCAGCUUUUCAUCAGUACUUGUAAUGGGGAACACAUUAGAUAUGCAACAGACACUUUUGCUGGCCUGUGCCACCAGUUAACAAAUGCCCUUGUGGAGAGAAAACAGCCCCUGCGAGGAAUUAGCAUUCUCAGACAAGCCAUAGACAAGAUGCAGAUGAACACAAACCAGCUGACCUCAAUACAUGCAGAUCUCUGCCAGCUCUGUUUGUUAGCAAAAUGCUUUAAACCUGCCCUCCCAUAUCUAGAUGUGGACAUGAUGGAUAUUUGUAAAGAGAAUGGGGCAUAUGAUGCGAAGCACUUUUUAUGUUAUUACUACUAUGGUGGGAUGAUAUACACUGGGCUAAAGAACUUUGAAAGAGCACUCUACUUCUACGAACAGGCAAUAACUACUCCAGCCAUGGCAGUUAGUCAUAUUAUGUUGGAAUCAUAUAAAAAGUAUAUUCUAGUUUCUUUGAUACUACUUGGCAAAGUUCAACAGCUACCAAAAUAUACUUCCCAGAUAGUUGGUAGAUUCAUUAAGCCCCUUAGCAACGCUUACCAUGAAUUAGCACAAGUUUAUGCUACCAAUAAACCCUCGGAGCUUCGAAACCUGGUGAACAAACACAGUGAAACAUUCACAAGGGAUAACAACAUGGGGCUGGUUAAGCAAUGCUUGUCAUCUCUCUACAAAAAGAAUAUUCAGAGGCUAACCAAGACGUUUUUAACAUUGUCGUUACAAGACAUGGCGAGUCGAGUGCAGUUGUCAGGGCCCCAAGAAGCAGAAAAAUACGUCCUCCACAUGAUAGAAGAUGGUGAAAUCUUUGCAAGUAUUAAUCAGAAAGAUGGUAUGGUCUGUUUCCACGAUAAUCCUGAAAAGUAUAACAAUCCAGCAAUGCUUCAUAACAUUGAUCAGGAGAUGCUGAAAUGUAUAGAGCUUGAUGAACGACUGAAAGCCAUGGAUCAAGAGAUCACUGUGAACCCUCAGUUUGUGCAGAAGAGUAUGGGCUCUCAAGAAGAUGACUCAGGGACCAAACCAUCCAGUUAUUCCUGAAAUUAAUGUUGCUCACUACUCCGCUUUCAAGUAAAAGCUUAAGAGAAUCACGCCUGGAAUGGGGCAUUGAGGAGUUCCAUGAAGAGAGCAGAGAGAACUGAGCUUUGCUUUUCACCUGGACAUUGAGGAAAUAAAAGAACACCCUCUCAGUACUGUAUAAUUUCAGAAAUAUUCUCCGCAAAGAAAAAGGAAAUCUCAAAAGAAACUUAAAAGUCUGUUGUGGAUUUAUUUAUCUUCAGAUUAACAUCGUUAAUGCAUUAAAUAAUCUACCUUUUGUUUUAAAGGUUUUGAAUGUUGCUGUGUUUCUGUAGCAGUCCUUUUUCCUCCUCUGCAGGAAAAAAAAAGUGUUAUUCAGGGAAGAAUGCAAACUAGCAUUGGUUCACUUACGAGAUAAUUACUGGUUCAUUCUGUAUUUAAAUUUGGCUCAAAGUGCAGAUAUAUGUAUGGUGGGGGGGAGAGGGGUGGAGCUUAAGUAAAAUUCUCUACAUCAUAAUUUGCAUAUACUUAGUGUAGUUGGCUGCUGUCUCAAAUGAUGAAAUAAGAACGAUGUUCUUCUCAAAAGGUAUUAUCGAGUCCCUCGUAGGUGAUUUUGUUGGAAAGCAGAAGUUGCUUUAGGGAAACCAUACAUGAGAGCUGUUGAUGAUUUUAAGCUUCUGGUACAAAAUACUUCCUAAUAAUGUUUGCUCUUGGAUCAAAUUUACUAGGCCUAGACAAGGAUAAUUGGAAGACCCGGGUGUUCUGGAGGAUGCUGGAUAUGAAGUUGUUCACGCUGAAAGAAGUUUAAAUUUUUGUUCCUAUACAAUCAGCAUGAAGGUAUUCAACACGCUACUAUUUUUCUGUGGUGGAAAUCAGUUCUAAGUGAAGGCGAUGCUAUAGAUCCUUUCUUUGUUUCUAAAUGCAAUCCUUAAUGAUGGAAUUCUACACAACUCAUGAAAAACAAUUUUAUUUGGAACUAACUUGCUGGAAUGGCAUCUAGUUAUUAAUUCACUGUUUCAAACAAAAAGGUUUUUGUUGGAUUCUUUAAGGGUUUCACUUCUUAGAUCAAUGGGUUUUUUAUUUUUCUGUAGCUCUCAUGUAUCUGAAGAUUCUAACUGUUCAAACACCUUUGAAACACUUCACAUCAGUGUAAAUCUUCUACUGUCAGGCAUACAUAAACCUGUCAUCAAGGCAGAAUGUGUGAAGCUCAGCAUCUACUGCUUCCUGCUUAAACAUCUGAAUAGGAGCUGCUUGCAACUGCUAACCUGCCAGCUUUUGUCAGGUGCCAAAGCGGGAGCUAAGCAUUUCUGGCUCUUGCCGUGUUAAACUUGUCUGUAUUGAGGUUACCCAUGGUUGAAAAUAACCCAUUUGUGCUUCCAGUGCAGAUACAGAACUGUUGGGGUUUUCAUUUAAAAGUGGUCUCUUAAUUCUAGCAGAGCCGUUGUGGCAGUGGGACGCUUUCUAGGAGAAGAUGGCUGUGCCCAGGGUUGUUCUCUAGGUGGCAAAUGAAGUUUUUAAAAGCAUAAAAUAUGCUGUGUUCACUACUAAAUUGCUAAGUCCAUAGUGUUAGUUGUUCACCAUUGAGAAUUUGUGCUUCCUUUUGGCGACUUCUGUAUUCAAAGGCAAAUUUUACAUCUAAACUCGCCUUUCUAGUCUUGUAAUUAAAUAUAUUUAUGAUUUUUAAUGUU